AUGUUUCAGGUUUUCCAAGAACUCAAAGAUAAGGAGAUCAGCAAAACAUUUAGGAAAGUCAUCAACAAAAAAGAGGGAAUUUGUGCAAUUGGUGGAAUGUCUGACCGCUCUAGUGAAGGAACACAGCAUUCCUAUGAAGAGGAGGAGAAGGUUGCAUUUGUUAAUUGGAUUAACAAAGCAUUAGAUGGUGAUCCUGACUGUAAACAUUUAAUUCCUAUGGAUGCCAACAGUGACCGUCUGUUUAGUGCAGUUGGUGAUGGAAUUCUUCUAUGCAAAAUGAUUAACUUAUCUCAGCCAGACACAAUCGAUGACCGUGUGAUCAACAAGAGGAAAUUAACUCCAUUCACAAUUUCUGAGAACCUGAACCUUGCCUUGAAUUCUGCUUCUGCCAUUGGCUGUACUGUGGUGAACAUUGGUGCAGAAGAUCUGAAAGAAGGGAGACAUCACCUGGUGCUUGGACUUCUCUGGCAGAUCAUAAAAAUUGGCCUCUUUGCUGAUAUUCAGAUUACCAGGAAUGAAGCACUUAUUGCUUUGCUGGACGAAGGUGAAGAGUUGGAGGAGCUGCUGAAACUUUCACCUGAAGAUCUGCUUUUACGUUGGGUCAAUUACCAUCUUGAAAAUGCAGGGUAUCAUAAAAUCAACAACUUCAGUCAAGAUAUUAAGGAUUCCAGGGCUUAUUUCCAUCUACUCAGCCAGAUUGCACCCAGUGGAGAAGAUGAUGAAAUGAUGGUUGAGAUUGAAAUGACAGGUUUACACGAAAAGGAUGAUCUCAAAAGGGCAGAGUGCAUGCUACGAGAAGCUGAUAAAUUAGGCUGUAGACAGUUCGUCACACCAGUUGAUGUUGUCAGUGGUAAUCCCAAACUCAACUUGGCCUUUGUUGCCAAUCUGUUCAAUAAAUAUCCAGCACUGCACAAGCCAAACAAGGACUAUGACCUCACUUUGUUGGAAGGUGGGAUGAAAUCAAAUGCUUUUAUUGUUAUUGAUGAUAGCUAA